GGUGGGUGUGGCCCAGAAUACAAACACGCAGCGCAACAGCUUCUGCAACAACAGCACCGAGCGGAAUGUGUCCUGCGAUCGGUCCAGUCUGACGUGUGUGUGUGUGUGUGUGUGUGUGUGUGUGUGUGUGUGUGUGUGUGAGACAUGAGUAUAUGAUCAGUAGAGUGUCGAUAGAACCGCGAUCGAGUGUUGGACCCUUCGGGUCGUGGGGGGGGCCUCAGGAUGUUGGUGUUUAUGCUGCUGCUGCUGCUGCGGGCGGCCUCUGUGGACGCGGAAGAAUCCUAUGAGAAGCGAUAUGGGGAGACAGUCACUUUUAGGAUGAGGACGCAUACUCUUUCACUCAAGUUCAUCCCUUACCACACCUUCGAGUCAGUGAUCUUUUGGAAACCCGACGACCCUUCGGUCCCCGUGGACAGCAGGAGGAGUGUCUUUGGGGGCUACUUGGAGAUCAAAAAUCUAACCCAGAAAGACAAUGGCAUCUAUGAAAUGAUUGGCAAAAAUGAGAGAGUCCUGAAGACAUGGUCCCUUCAGGUCAUAGCACAAUAUAAGGACCUUGACCUGAAGGCUGGUGAAGAACUCAGUUUCACAUAUCCUCUGGACAACUGCAACAUCCACUUCUUCCCAAAGAAAUGGGAAUAUUAUGAACGGAUGACGUAUGACAUCCAGCUAGUUCGUAAUGGCACAACGUUGGAUACCAACUUUUUCUGCAAUGACUUUGAAUUUGUAAAACCGUGCGGGUUGAAGAUGGAGAUCCAGGAGCCAUGCUACGGAUACUUUGAGGUCAGAAAUCAAUUUGGUGGAGUCGCUUUGAAUGUGACAGUUGAUUUGAUGGACGAACCUUUUGAUUUGGGCUACAUUGGAAUUUGCGUUGGUGCUUCCCUGGCCUCACUUAUCUGCUGCUGCUGUGUGAAACGCUGCUGCUGCAAAAGCUCCAAGAAAAAGGACACAGACUCUGCUGCCGCUGAAGUGGCUGUGGCUUACAACGAGUAUGACCACGAGCCUGUAGCACUGGGGCCAGCGCAGCCCACUCCGCGCCCUGCGCCAUACUACACCGCUCCGCUUUCCCAAGCUCCGACUGGCCCGCUGGUUUCUGCUCCAGCAGAGCCGGCAGACGCUCCCGGUCCCUCUCUGCUCUCUGACUCUGCGCUGCAGUUUGAACUGAAGGGAAUGAACUUUCCCUGUGCUCCCCCUCUCAGCGCAGAUCCAACUUACAUCAGUGUUUAUACCUCCAACAAACUCGACUUCCUCUGAAAGCCUUGAAUUUGAACGCUGCACUCAUUGAAUGAAAGGUUUGACAUCGGGGAUAUACCCCUCAUCUGGUUGUCUUGGAACUGGCUCCAGCCAAGAAACAGUCACACAGAACAGAUUUAAACAAGAAAAUCACGGUAAUCUGUGAUUUUUAGAAACACUGAUGAGUUCAUUCAAAUACUUAAACAGAAAGCAGAGAUAUAUUUUCCUGCCUAUUUCUAUUGUCAAUGCCCAGCUAAGCUUACCAACUGCUGGAUUUACUCAACCAGCAGUCAUACAGGCUAAAGGGAACCGACUCUGAAAGACACCCAUCCAGUGCAGAUUCCAUAACGCUCCGUUGAGCCAAAUUUGACCAGACUGGGUAAACGAUCAAGGAGAAAGGGAAGACCAUAGGUUUCACUUUUAUUUGAGAUCACUCUGAUCUUCGAAAGCCAUGUGGGACGAUCAGUGAGUUUAAAGCCAUAGGUAAAAAAACAUCCACUCUCAAAAGCAAGUCCUUCUGAAGGUCUUGUCAGGAAUACCUCAUCUGUUACAGACCAGUUUGCCUGUGAAAAACCUGCAUCAGGGAAGCUGUGGAUGUUUACUCACAUAUGUAGAGAUGCAAAACUACUAACUGACUAUUUUUCUCAGGUCCGUCCACGCAUAUACUCGAAUGUUUUCUUUUUAAUCAAAUGAAAAAAGACCGUAUGAUAACUUGAAAGAUAUCACAAACGUUUUUGAUGAAGACUUUAACAUACCUCUACACCUCUGUGCCGCACUCAUCUCAGCACCGUGCCUUGAACACGCAACUAAACAUGAAUGUAGGCGCACAGACGCUCAUACAUGCUCACUUCACCUUCUUCCUGCAUGUCUCCUCUCUCUCAUAUAUGAACUGAAUACAACAGUAGAUUUUUAUUUAGCUUUUAUGACCUAUGUGAUAGUUAUUCAAUUAGUUGUCGUCUUACUCUGCAUGUCGUAGUGCUUUAAAUUCUGUAGAUGAGUUGGAUUUUAUUGAAACUGUAGUUGUAACACAUGUUAGAUUCCUGUUUUUGUAUCAUGGUGUAUUUUACAAUGUCUGGAGUAUUAAACCUAACAACAAGGA